AUAAUAUUUGUAGCGCCAUCUUCAAAUAGCUCUAAACGCAACGUAGUAGGUAAGAACUGCCCUGAGUAAAGAAAAUUGCCAGUCCAAGAUGGCGGAGUAUCUGGCUUCGAUUUUCGGCACAGAAAAAGACAAAGUCAACUGCUCCUUCUACUUCAAGAUUGGAGCCUGUCGACAUGGCGACAGGUGCUCGAGGAUCCACAACAAACCUACGUUUAGUCAGACUGUUCUGCUGCAAAACCUCUACCACAAUCCACAGAACUCGGCCCAGACAGCUGAUGGAUCGCAUUUGGCCAACAUGACUGAAGAGGAAAUGCAAGAGCACUUUGACAACUUCUUCGAGGAUGUCUUUGUUGAGCUAGAAGACAAGUAUGGAGAAAUUGAAGAGAUGAAUGUGUGUGAUAACCUCGGUGACCAUCUUGUCGGCAAUGUUUAUGUCAAGUUUCGCAGGGAAGAAGAUGCUGAGAAGGCUGUGGCAGAUCUGAACAAUCGGUGGUUUGCUGGUCACCCAAUCUAUUCAGAGCUGUCUCCAGUCACUGAUUUUCGUGAGGCCUGCUGUCGCCAGUACGAGAUGGGCUUGAAAGCAAAGACUUGGCGCUCCACGGCAGCUACUGAGGAGUGCACUCGCAGUGGCUUUUGCAACUUCAUGCACCUCAAGCCCAUCUCAAGAGAGCUGCGCAGGGAACUGUACGGCCGCAAGCGCCGCAGGAGGUCUCGGUCCGGGUCACGGAGUCCAAAGGGACCACGGCGCCGCAGUCGAAGCCGUGAACGCAGGCGUCGCAGCCGCAGCCGUGAGCGCAGGUCCCGCUCCCGAGACAAGAAGGACCGAGAGGAGCGCGCUGGUCGCUUCUGAAACUCCACACAUGCCCUUGGAUAGGACAUCUGUGUGUCCCCUUUCUUCAUUUCCUUUUCCUGCACAUUUUUUUGUUGUGACCUCCUUUCUGUUCUUCCUUUCAUUCCACCUAGCAGUCUGGUUAUCAUUGAUGUACUUUCUCUCCUCUUCCUUCCCCAUCAGAGCGAGCUGGAAUAAAACAUGCUGUCAAGGUCAAC